CCACGGGCAUGCGCAGGACCAUGACAAGAAGCAGCGCCGCGACGAGCGUUGAUGCUGACAAGGCCCACGCGAGAGGAAAGGACCGGUGGACAGCGAGCAUCGGGUGGUUCAUCGAGAUCUUGUGUGGGGGCGAGUCGACGCACUGCUCUACGUCUGCAUCUGAAAGAACAGCGCGCGCUCAGGGCACCCUAGUCUGGAGCCACAGCCUUGGUUGUAGGGGCUGCUGCUGCGAAUGACGUAUUGAGCUUGACCGGCCCACCGCUAUCCACCAACAUUCCUGCCUUCCUUGCCUCCUCGCUGCGUCGCAAACCAUCCAUUUGCUGCUGCAAGAACAUCUCGCUCGCCUGCUCAAGCUCAGACUUCUCCCUCUCUUCGUCUGCUCGAUCCGUGGCGUCGUCUCGUACCUUCUGCGCUAGGAUGUGUGCUCAAGAAUCCCGCCAGCGUGCG